CGGCGGCCUGCGGUCUCUGAAGCGACGCUCGGGGUGCCUUCUUUCAUAUUUGAGAUAAAAAUGGCUGAACCGGCUCCCRAUGCGCCUGAGAAACUGGUCGUCAUUCACUCCAAAGCUCACAAAGAUACCAUUCUGGCCAAUUUUGAAGAACAAAGGAAGAAGGAUUUUCUGUGUGACAUUACGCUCAUAGUGGAGAACGUUCAGUUCAGAGCCCACAAAGCUCUGCUCGCCGCCAGCAGCGAGUACUUCUCCAUGAUGUUUGUGGAGGAGGGCGAAAUCGGGCAGUCCAUUUACAUGCUGGAGGGAAUGGUGGCGGAGGCUUUCGGAGCGCUGCUGGAGUUCAUCUACACCGGCUACCUGCACGCCAGCGAGAAGAGCACGGAGCAAAUCCUGGCUACCGCGCAGCUGCUCAAGGUGAACGACUUGGUGUGGGCCUGCGCGGAGCAUGAGGCCGCCCACGGGCCGAGCCCCGCGCCGGCCGCCCCGCCGAGCAGUGGCCCCGCGGCUCCCGGCCACACCAGGAACGCGGAUGCCCCGAAGCGGAAGCGGGGCCGGCCGAGGAAAGUCAGGAGCGCCCAGGAAGAGAAAGCGGAAGCGAGUUCCGCUGAGGAUGUGCAGCUGAGAGAGAAUAACUCCGUGCAAAAUAAACAAAAUUUCAUGAAGAAAGACGGCGCGACGGAAGAGCCGGUUGCCGGUGAGCAGGCUCCCGUGGUGAAAGACAUGGAAGAAACGGAGCGUGCUUGCGGCUCGGAGGAUGCUGCGGAUCUCUCUGCUGAGAAGGAUGAGAAUUACGAUCCCAAGUCUGAGGGAGUGCAGAGCACCCAGAGCCGCUACAGCAAGCGCCGCAUAAAGAGAUCGAUCAAGCUGAAAGAUUACAAACUUCUUGGUGACGAGGAGGAAAAAGUGCUGGCCAAGAGAACUGAGGGGAAGAAAAAACGCACCAGUUCUGAAGCCCGCUGUAAGGACUGYGGCAAAGUAUUUAAGUACAAUCACUUUUUAGCAAUUCAUCAACGAAGUCAUACAGGUGAGCGCCCUUUCAAGUGCAGUGAGUGUGGCAAAGGCUUUUCCCAGAAACACUCGCUUCAGGUCCAUGAGCGGAUGCACACUGGGGAGCGGCCGUACACGUGCACGGUYUGCAGCAAGGCUUUAACCACAAAACACUCUCUUCUGGAGCAUAUGAGCCUGCAUACAGGGCAGAAGGCUUUUACAUGCGAUCAGUGUGGGAAAUACUUCAGCCAGAAGAGACAGCUCAAGAGCCAUUAUCGAGUGCAUACAGGCCGUUCAUUGCCGGAAUGUAACCAGUGUCGUCGCAAAUUCAUGGAUGCAGCUCAGUUAAAGAAACAUCUAAGAACACAUACAGGUGAGAAGCCAUUCACUUGUGAAAUUUGUGGCAAAUCGUUCACAGCUAAAAGUUCUCUUCAGACUCACAUCAGAAUUCACAGGGGAGAAAAGCCAUAUUCUUGUGGUAUAUGCGGAAAAUCCUUCUCCGAUUCCAGCGCUAAACGAAGACACUGUAUCCUACAUACAGGCAAAAAGCCUUUCUCCUGCCCGGAAUGUAGUUUGCAGUUUGCCCGGCUGGACAAUCUGAAGUCUCACUUGAAGAUUCACAGCAAGGAAAAGCAGUUCCAGGAGGCCAGCAGCGCCCCCGGUGGCACCACUCAUUCGGAAGAGGUGAGAAACAUUCUUCAGCUGCAGCAGUAUCAGCUCGCCACCUCCGGAGGGCAGGAAAUCCAGCUGCUGGUCACGGAUGCAGUCCACAACAUAAACUUCAUGCCUAGUCAUAAUCAAGGCAUUAGUAUCGUUGCUGCAGAAAACGCCCCAAAUUUGACAACGGAACAGGCUGCUAAUCUCACACUGCUGGCGCAGCCACCCCAGCAGUUGCAGAACUUGCUGCUUUCAACUCAGCAGGCUCAAGGGGAACAAAUCCAAAGCAUCAGUGUGAUGGCAAACCAAAUUGAGCCAGCCCAGCCUGAACAAAUGCAUGUUAUCACUCUUUCCAAGGAAGCACUAGAGCAUCUCCAUGUUCAUCAAGGACAAAACCAAGAAAUCCACCUAGCGGGAUCUUCGCAUCCAGCUCAACACGUGCCACUGACUCAGGAAUCAAGCCAACACUCUAGCCAAGAUGCAGUCCCUCCCCAUCACCUCAGUGAUGGACAGAACCCAAAUGUGCAAAUUCCUGAAUCUCAUCAGCAGUCCCUGUCAGUAAACAAGGCAUCUCAUGAGCAUCCUAUUCCAGAUCAGGCUUUUUGAAGGGCUUUUCUGUCAUCGGAAGGCUGGACUGCAGCACCCUUCCCACCCAGGCAGCGCUUACACCUAUUGUGCUUCCUUUUGUAUGGAAUAAUCUAUUUGAAGAUGCAUUGUUUGGUGGCUUCUUUUUUUUUUUUGGGUGGAUGACAUUCAAUUUUCUUAAUCUUAUUUAUUUUAGACUUUAUUAUUCCUGAUUGGAAUUUCUCCACCAUUUAGUCCAUACCUCACAAGUGAUGAAUGCCUUUUUUUGUGCCUCAUGCAGAUUGAUGUCUACUGAAGAGUUAUUUGGCCCCUUACUGCAUUUCAGUGUGCAUUUCCAGGGUGGUGAACCUUGGCACUUGAAAACAGUGUUUAAGAUGGGUGCUGAUGAGGGUGUGGGGCUCCUCUGGUGGAAGAGUCAGCAUUGCCUGCAUUACAGACAGGCCUCAGAUAAUCAGUAUUUUUUGCAAGGAGAACAGUUAUGUCUUAUGUUUAAUGAGCGUUAAGCUCUGCCCAGAUUAACCUGUAAUUUCCAGUGUUACCAUUCCCUAAAGUGCAUUUUGAUUUAUUGAAUACCAAAUUUCUUUGUUUUUGGUUGGAAUCAUUGCAGCCUCUGACUCUUGUUUGCCCUUGUAUUUACUGUAUGCUACGGGAGGUUUCGCUCCUCAAGAGAAAUGUUGAAAUCGUUGCACUUAGUAUAGAGGUAAAGAGAUGGACAAGUUAAAACCCCAAAUUCUGCUAAUUCUCCCCCUCGCCCRCUGCGUGACUGUGGGCAAGUCACUGGACCUGUGUGCCUUAGUUUCCUCAGCAAGGAAAUGGGGAUAACGUUCAUGCAUUCUGCCAAGCACUUUGAAGAGCUUUUCAUGUGGAAGUGCAAAAUGUCUUUCCUGACAAGGCUCAGACUGAGCUUAGGAGCUAGUUUCUAAUUAAAGCGUUAUUUUUUGGUACUUUGGAGAGCAGAAUGCAGUGUUACUCUUAUUCUGUGUAAAAGCUUGUAAUUGUUAUUGUGAAUGAAUGAAUCGCUUCAAACGUAGUGAGCUCUAUCAGUGGGGCUCAUCACACUGAAGCUGUGCAGCUCUUUUGGUGGACUUGGUAUGUACAGAUUAUGUUUUCAGUGGCUGCCUGCCAAAAAGGAGCUGAUGCUGUGCAGCUUCGAGUGCAGCUGCUGGUCACAUCUCCCUCUAAUGUACUAGUCUGUGUUAAAAUACAGGUAAAAUGCCAUUGCUACUUGAGGCAAGGCACACAACUCUCACUUAAGUUUUGAAAUGACUUAUUUAUGGUUUACAUUGAUAGUGGGGUAUAUUUUGAUUGAUAUUAGGGGGGUUAACAAAUGAAAAAUAUAAAAAUUAAGGAGUUAGCUGAUGGAUUUUUUAAAAAAAAAGAAAAACUCAGCAACUUUGUAUGUUCGUGGCUUAUGGCUGACCAGCAAGUACCAUUGGAAUAAAGAAUCCAGAGUGAUUUAGGGUGGAAGAGACUUGCAGAGGACACCUGGUCCAUCACCUUGCUCAGAGCACGUGGUUGUUGGCAGUUGUGUCUUGAGGAUCGUCCUGUCCCUGCACCUGGSAGAAGCGUCUGGCUCUGUUUUCCCUAUAGGCUCUGCUCCGAGGCAGCAGUAAGAUGUUCCCAGAAACUCCUCCCAGGGCAGACCCAGCUCUCUCAGCCUUCCUUUGUACGUAAUGUGGUCCAGGUCUCUCAUCCUCUCCGUGGCCUUCUGCUCCGCUCACUCCAGGACAUCAGCGUCUGUCCCCAGUAUCUGGGGGACCCAAAUUCUGGGUGCUUUUCAAUGUCAAAAUGCAAAAUAUUCAGCUGGAGCCUGAAGCUGGGCUCUGGAAUUCGGAGGUGUCAGUUGUUUUUUCAAGGUAGCAGAUCACCUUCUAGAGAAAUGGAUGGUGAGGGGUAGAUGGUGGGAAUAAAGCAACRCAAGAAGAAAGCAGUUUGGCUUUGCAGCUGCUUCUGUCCCCUCUCAGAAGGGACAAAUUCUGUUUGUGUUGUACUCUGUGCCACCGCAGAGAGCCAGCGUGCUCUGCUGAGGUGUUUCGGAAGCUUGAAGCCUUGAUGCUGCAAGAACAAACAGAAAAUAAGUGAAACUCAUUGUAACGUCCACAGAAAUCUUGCUGAUUAACUGUAUAAAUACUACAGUAAAUAUGCUGUUACAUCCUAACAACUUUGAUUUCAUCUAAAAUACUGUAAUGUGGAGCCAUAAAUACUGUCUUAGAAAUUUACAGGA